UGGGUUAGACUUGGGUAAGAGUCGUUGAACCAUCAUGACAUGACUUGUCCUUACUCUUCAACAGAAUAAAACUUUAAAGCACCUGAUGGGGACUUCGGGUUAUUCACGUAUCCCAUUUGAGUGGGUGGUCUUCAAGAAUCAUCAGCAUGGAGAUGAUGAAUAUCAGCACAAUCCCCAAGGCCGAAUUAAUUUUUGGAGGAAAAUAUAAACUGGUGAGGAAGAUCGGAAAUGGCUCCUUCGGGGACAUCUUCCUGGCAGUCAACAUCACCAAUGGCGAGGAAGUGGCUGUGAAGCUUGAAUCCCAAUCAUCCAAGCAUCCCCAACUGUUUUUCGAAGUCAAACUGUAUAAGAUUCUUCAAGGGGGGGUUGGCAUUGCUCACAUGCGAUGGUAUGGUCGGGAAAAGGGUCACAAUGUACUGGUCAUGGACUUACUGGGACCCAGUCUGGAAGAAUUGUUCAAUGUAUGUUCCCGCAAGUUCACACUGAAAACGGUGCUUAUGUUAGCUGACCAGAUGAUAAGUAGAGUCCAAUACUUGCAUACAAAGAACUUUAUACAUAGAGAUAUUAAACCAGAUAACUUCCUAAUUGGCACUGGUCGUCACUGUAACAAGCUAUUCAUUAUUGACUUUGGUUUGGCCAAAAAGUACAGAGACAGCAAAACAAAGGAACACAUACCAUACCGAAAAGAUAAAAAUCUCACUGGCACUGCCCGUUAUGCCAGCAUCAAUGCCCACCUUGGCAUUGAGCAGAGUCGAGGGGAUGAUAUGGAAUCUCUAGGCUACGUAUUGAUGUAUUUUAACAGGACCAGCCUGCCCUGGCAAGGACUAAAAGCUGCAACAAGGAAACAAAAGUAUGAAAAAAUUGUUGAAAAGAAGAUGUCCACUUCUGUGGAUUCUUUAUGUAAGGGAUAUCCUCAUGAAUUUGCAACAUAUUUAACCUAUUGUAAGGGCCUCCACUUUGAGGAAGCCCCAGAUUAUUUGUAUCUAAGACAGUUAUUCCGAUCUCUUUUCAAGUCUUUGAACUAUCAAUAUGACUAUUUAUUUGACUGGACAGUACUGAAGGAGAGAGAUGCCCAGGAAACAGCUUCUUCUAGUCAAAAUCAGCCACCACAAACCUCAACAUUUGACUAAGUGGGAAGAACUCCAGAUAAAGAAGAGAUGAUCCUAGCAGGCCUUAUUACAUAUCAAACCUAGACGUUGUAGUUCCUACGGAGACACUUGGAAGUGGUUUUGGACAACUGUUUACUGGUGUAAAGAACUUGCUUUUGGUAUAAGCUGGCUCUUGGCAGCAAUGGUAAUGCUGCCCCCCAAGUUGUAGAUGUUGUCAUUAUGAAUAUUAACAGAGACAGUGAAAUAGUGCUUAGCUUUCAAAUGAUUUUUUUUCAAGGUGGAAAAGGUAACUAAAUGGUUGACAUGCAUGUGCUAGUGCUAGAGAAA